AUGAACCUUUCGUUUCGAGUCCUGGCGUUGCUUCUCACAGUCUGGGUGGACGCUCAGAAGACCAGCUUUACUCUGCGGCCGCCGAUCUCUGGGGCACUGACUCGGGCCGAAGUGAUUUCUCGGCUACGGAGCUUCAGACCACCGGCUGCGCCCCAGCGGCGACUUUCCUCCUUCCCCAGCGUGUCGAAGCGGUUUCGGGAGGAUUGGCAGCUGGACGUCGACGAUCUCAUCGAGCAGGUGAAGGUGGCUCCUGGAAGACAGGGGGAGGCUGUCGUCACGUGGUUAACCAAGGAUCGACACCUUCCCAGUGCCCUCCAGUAUGCUGCAGCCGGGAGUCUGUUCCGGCGACGCGCUGACGGCCAGGUGAAUGUCUACACCAUGCAGAUUUGCCUUCCGAACAGUGAAGUGAUGCUUGACCCCCUCUUAGGCCCGCCGAACAUCGCGUUUGACUUCAACCAGCUGUCAGCGCUGAUCAAUUCCUCCUCCUUCCUGCCCAAGGAUAGCGAUUCCUGGCGGUACCUUCCUCCAGAAGGUGAUCCAUGGGAUUUCCUUGCCAGGACGAACUACUGCAUUGACUACAAGAACCCGAAGGCCUACUAUACCAGCCCUUACAUUCAUUCUGUGACCCUCACGAACCUUCGGGGGGGAACGGACUACAAUUUUCAACCUGAGGGUAGCUCCCGGAGAUUCUCGUUUCGGACUCCACCGGACGUUGGCGUGCCGGGACCCUACAAGUUGGGCGUUUGGGCAGACGUUGGUGUAACGAAUGUGAGCUUUGCCGUUAUGACGAAGAUGUUGCAGUUAGAUCCCGACCUUCUGCUCACUGUGGGAGACCUGUCCUACGCUGAUGGUUGGGCGGAGCGCUGGGAUAUUUUCGGCGUGAUGAUGGAGCCGCUGAUGUCUAGCCGCUACCAUCUUGCUGUGCCUGGGAACCAUGAACUCAUUCAGAACAACGGCAUCGACCUCAUCCAUCGUUAUCCGAUGCCUUUCCGGGAGUCUGGCUCAGGGAGCCCGUUCAUGUUUGCCCAUGAGAGUGGACCUGUGUUUGUGAUCGGAAUGGCAGGUAGCUAUUCCGAGACAGACACAGGGUCGGCGCAGUGGGUUUUCGUAGAAGAGAAGCUGCGACAAGUGAAUCGAGCACGUACACCCUGGGUCAUCGUGAUGUUCCACACCCCUUGGUACAACAGCAACAACGCCCAUUAUCUUGAGGGGAUCAAGCAUCAGUGGGACAUGGAGGAAAUGCUGUACAAUCAUGGGGUUGACGUCGUUUUCAACGGCCACGUCCACAGCUACGAGCGUUCGCACCCCGUCUUCAACUUCUCCAAGGACGAGUGUGGCAUCACCCACAUUGUCGUGGGUGAUGCCGGGAACUAUGAAGGUCCCGCCACCUACGAGGGGCGCCCACCCGGUUGGAAGUUCCCCCAGCCGGCCUGGAGUGCUUUUCGAGAGGCCUCCUAUGGGCCUGGGAUGCUCACGGUGCUGAAUGCUACGCAUGCGGAGUGGAGGUGGCACCGCGUUGCCUGCGUGUAUGAGAACAAAGACCAUCAUCCGGUGAACCUGUCCAAGUUCACCUACGAUGGCAGCCGACAGUCCCUCGGCCGCACGCGACCGAUCACGGCGUACAUCUGGGAUGGCGCAUCCGGGCCUUCCGAGGGACCGCCCUGCACAACAGAGAGCGACAACUCGGACCAAAAGUUUGAGGCUUCUGACAUGGUGAUGCUCGUGCG